UAGUAAUAAAUGAAGUUGUUUAAUUUUAGAGAAUAUCUAAGUUGUAAUUUGUAAUCUUCUCUUAUUAUUUUCAAGUCAAAUUUUUCUUGUUGGUUUCUAUCUUUUCUUUUAUUUAGAUUUUGCAUGCUAUUAACUUCUCUCCAAUAUAUAAUUAAAAGCUUAUUUUCUCUUCUUGUUAUCUUUUUUCUUUUCUCUUUUUCUCCACUAUUCUCUCUUCUUCUUUUCCUGACUUUCACUUUUUUAUUCUCUUUUUUUCUUCUUCUUUAGUGAUUAUGGGUUCGUGGAGCAAUCAAGUGAUGUUUGACAAGUAUGUGCAUGAUUACUUGGUUAAGAAGGGGCUGCAUUUGACUGCUGAUUUAUUUGCCAUCGAAGCUAAUGUUGUUCUACCCAAUCAUGUUGCAAUCGAAUCCCCGGAGGGGUUUCUAAAGGAGUGGUGGAAUUUUUUCUAUGAUACAUACAUGUUUCAUCAGGCUGAGCGUGCCCAAGAAUCCAAUACUGAGGCAGCACAUACUAUUGACAAUGUUGUAUCUAACAUACCCUCCGCUCUGCCAGCACUUUCUCCUCAUUCUACCAUGCUAUCGUUUGAGCAUACUAUAUCUCCUAUGGUGCCAGCCUUCCACCUGACGACACCUGACUAUGCAUUGAUAUAUGAUUUAAGCUUUGUUGAUAUGCCUCAUCCAACUCAGCUACUGCCAUUUGAAACUAAUUUUAGGUAA